UCGACGGUUAGGAACACCGCUUUUUAAUCUGCUUUCCGUAGUGUAUGGCUCUUCCUUUUUUACACGUUUGACACUCGACUGGGUUCAAAAAACCUGCCUGGUACUUCCUAUCGGCAGAAAUGAGUCCGAUUUAGUGACUAACUGUUAUGAAAAUGGACGGAGCGGUUCGCUGUGCAAUCCCGUGGACGCCAUUUUGGCCAGGCAAUCUACUGAGGGGUAGCAGUCUGUUACAGUGUCGUCCAUGCUUUUGAGAUCCGCUCGCGGUGCAUCGUCGCGCCGAAAGUUUAAUAUGGCUCUAAAAUAUGUUCCUUCAUCUUGAAAAAUGCAUUGGAUCCUAUUGACGAUCAUUAUCGUUUGCUAUGCGGCUCCUUUUCCUGGAUUAAGCGUGCCGAAAAAGAAAAGAGCUCCUGAUUCAUUUGAUGAUUUUUCGGAUGAUACCAGCCGCCCUUUUAUUGCUGAAAAGCUCAAAAGAUUAUAUCCAGAAAAUGAGAGGCUCAUAGCCAGUAUACCUAGUCGAAUUUAUGAAGUUAUUUAUCCUGUUCAAAUUCGUCAGCAUGUUAAAUUAGGGAUUUCUACAAGGGAAACUGGUGCCAACAAAACUGGGGAGCAUUAUCAUCAAACUUCAUUGCUCAUCAAAGCUUUUAACUAUAAGUUUCGGAUCGAUUUAGAGCUCAAUACGCACCUACUUGCACCAAAUUUAAUUCAAAAGCAUUUUCUCCCUGAAGGUGCUCAACAGAUUUCUACUCAGGAAAUAGAGCACUGCUAUUAUCAUGGGACAACAAGAGACUAUCCUGGAGCCAUUGCUGCCUUCCGCACAUGUAAUGGGGUUAGUGGUAUUCUUCAUGUUGGGAAUGAUACAUUUGUAAUACAUCCAUUUUAUGGUGGAGAUCAGUCCAAAAAGCAUCCACAUGUUAUUUAUCGAUAUUUUUCUGAAUCUAAAGAUAAGCAUACUUGUGGUAAUACAGGGAUGCAUGAAUGGGGUUUUAAAAUGUUUCGCAUGAGACCUACUCAUCAAUCACGCUUAAAAAAAGAUGUUAGGCAGGUUAACAAGUUUGUAGAAUUGGCUUUAGUUCUUGAUCAAGCCAUGUUUGAUAAUCGAAAUGCAAGUAGAAAUGAAGUUGUUAAUGAUGCCAUCCAAAUUGUUAAUUGUGUUGACAUGUAUUUUCGUACUGUGAACACCCGAGUAUCUGUGGUUUAUGUAGAAACUUGGGCUCACGGAGAUCAGAUGGAGGUCACCAGUGAUGUCCGACAGACACUGUUGGGCUUCAUGGAGUAUGCUUCUCGCAAGCUGUAUAAAGUUGCGAAAGAUGCUACACAUUUAUUAACAGGCCAUAAGUUCAGAGGUCAUGAAGUUGGCAUGGCAGUUCCUGAUAGUAUAUGCACAGCUAAAGCAGUAGGAGUGAGUGAAGAUUCCAAUAUAUAUGAACCACAUUUAAUUGCUAGCACAAUGACACACAUGUUGGGGCACAAUAUUGGCAUGAGCCAUGAUCAUUAUAAUGGAACUGAUUGCAAGUGUGAAGACUGGUGGGGAUGUAUCAUGGCCCAGACAAUAUUAGGUGUGAACAAAAUCCAGCCAUAUCAUUUUUCAACCUGUAGUUUACAAGAUUAUAUAAAUUCCCUUCGAAUUGGCCAUGGUAUUUGUUUGUUCAAUAAACCAAAUCAACUUGAAGAUUUUCGUACUUGUGGUAAUAAUGUCGUUGAAAAAGGUGAAGAGUGUGAUUGUGGUAGCAUUGAUGAAUGUAUGCAGUCUGACCCAUGCUGUGAUCCUAUAACUUGUAAGCUAAGAGUGGAAGCAGAAUGCUCCGUGGGACCAUGCUGUGAAGAUUGCAAACUCCGCCGUUCUGGACAUCAGUGCCGUCCAGCUGCAACAGAAUGUGAUAUACCUGAGUUCUGUGAUGGUCAAGAUGGACAAUGUCCUGCAGAUCUAUUUAAGAAGAAUGGCGCCCCAUGUAAGAAUGGAGCAGGCUAUUGUUUCCAUGGCGGCUGUCCAACACCUGAUGAUCAAUGUGAAUAUUUAUGGGGAUUUGGAGCUAUGCAAUCUGAGUUCGAGUGUUUUCAACAGUUUAAUACCCAGGGAAGUCUUAAUGGUCAUUGUGGUGCUGAUAAUCAAGGUGGCUUUAUUAAAUGUACAGAAGAAAAUAUCAAGUGUGGCUCUCUUCAGUGCCAACGCGGUUCCAGAACGCCCAUGAUAGCAGGGAAUGAUAAGCAGUAUACAAGAACAAUUGUGUCAAUUGGUGGUCAAGAAUAUGAGUGCAAAGUGACUUCUGGCACGAUCACUGCAGAAAUCCCUGACUUGGGCUUAGUGAUGGAUGGGACAAAAUGUGCUGAGGAGAAGAUUUGUGUAAAUCAAACCUGUGUUAAUGUUGAUCUAUUUGUUGAGCCUGGAUCAUGUCCAACAAACAAUGUUGCCCUGCCUUGUUCAGGACAUGGUGUUUGUUCUAACAUAAACACCUGCCACUGUGAUGAGAAAUGGACAUCAGCUGAUUGUAGUCAACCUGUAGAUCCUGGGCUGAAUACUGUAGAUCACACUAGCAAACAGGAUGGAACUUUAGAGAAAUCUGGGGAAACUAGUACAGUUCCUACCAAGAAGCCACCUUUGGAUUCCCGUUCACCCUUGGAAGCUUGGAGGAAUAAUACCAUGAAAUCAAAUAUACCAUAUGAGGUUGGCAAGAAAGACGUCCUCAGCACCCCAUCUCUCGUUAUAGUUCUUGUGUGUGUUGUUGGUGGAGUGUUUAUUUUCUUUGCUUUAUUAGCCACCUGCUACAGAAGACAGAGUGCUAUGCCCAAGCCGGAUGCAACCCACCUGAAAAAACACACAAGCCGCAAGUUUUCUGCCACGCAGGGUUCCAUCAAGCCCGAUGAAAGUUCUUCGCAAGAAAAUGUCAACCGUAUUAUUACUUUCGGAAGCAUGCCUUCCUACAGGGAAGAUAAGCUUCAGGAAUUAAAAAGACAGCAAGUUUUGCAACUGAAAGACACUUCUUGCUCAGAUGGUGAAGAACUACUUGAUGAAACCUCUGCUUUUAUAGAACUGUCACCCAACAAUCUCUCUAAGGUUCCAGAAAAGGGAAUACUAAAACGUGCAAUUCGAUCGGAUAAAGGCAAAUGGAGUGAUGAAGCAUCCCAGUCAGAUAACCAGGACUUAAUGAGCCAGGCAGGCAGCCAUGGCGAUCGAAACAGUGAUGCUUUGACCGAAGUUGAACGAACUUUAAAGAGCUUGAAUGGUUACCAUGAAGAAAUACUUGAAGCACUCCACACUGUGUCUUCCCAUCGUCCAGCCGAUAGCCAGGGAAGUCCACAGGAUGCUAAAAAGACUUUUCCCGAUACUGUAGGUGAUUACAGUAUCAUCAAGAGCAGCUCGGAACAUUUGGGGAACACGAGCAGCGAAGAAGCAGAGGACAUGGUUCCACCGUGUGGGCCAAUACGGAUACGGAACUUGGAGGACUUGCUUCGGCAGCUAGAACACCAGCCACUUCAUGUCUCUCCUGCAGGUUCUGAUCUUCGUCUUAGUGAACCGGAGGCUGAUCGCCAUUACAGGGUGGACAGGACGGAUAGUGCAAGUGGUACAGAGAGUCAGCUAGAGCCUGGGCUUCAGUUUUAUUUGGGCCGCAAACAGCAGAGGCCAUCAGCAGGCGAUGUCUCCAGCCACUUUGGCCGAGCUCCUCCAGCUGAAGCAGAAGAGGAGGAGGAAGAGUUUGAUGAGGAAGGCAGUGAAGAAGAGGGUGAGGACGGAGACUUUUCAUCCCACCAGUUUGUGAGAAGUGCAAGUGAAGAGGCCUUGCCAAUGGCUUCUUACAAGCCAGAUUAUGCUUAUGAGCGAAAUCUCAACACCAAGCAGAUGCAGGACAAAGUGUUAAAAAGGGACGUUUGUGAAUAUGUACCUAGCCCACCUUCUGAUGAAGUGUAUGAUGUGCUAUUUGAUGACAAAGGAUACUUCCCUCCGUCAACAGGAACUGAGCGUGCUCCAUUGCCACUAACUGCUCCGCCUUCUUCUAGCUCCUCCACUUCCGGCUCACAACCUCCCUCAGGAGCAAAGAGAAAAGGGAAGAAGAAAUUCCCGGAGUACAAGGUCUAACAAUAAUUUAAUUUAAAAUACAAAAGUACUAGUCAUUUAAUUGAAUCAUUUACCUGACAACUUCAAAUAUUAUGGAUUUUUAGGAAAACAUAAUAUGGACCACACUUUAUCUUACUAUUGGGCAAGUUUUUAACUUAUUCAUGUGGCAUUUGCACAUAGUCGGAUCAGGUUUGUACCUCACAUUUGCUCAGAUGUUAGGUUGCUGUCUAAUGCUGCCUACGUGACCUUUCAUUCAAAGACUUUAUUUGUUCUCUCCUUUUGCUUGUUAUUUUUUACAGUGAUUCUUUGUGGAUUUUACUUUUUUAUUUUUUCAAUGAUAACUAUAUUUUAUUUAUGGUGCACUAGCUUGUAUUUCAUUGAUAAAUUUGCAUUAUGGUGUUGAAAAUGUAAAAGUUUAAAAUUGUUAUCUGUAAGGAAUGAAUUUAAAUUAAUUGAUCAUGAAUUUUUAUCUUAAGAGAUAUUCUAAUUAAAAUCCCUAGUGUUAAUUGUUAUUUUUUUUUUCUCUAACAUGGUAAAAAAAAAUACAAUUUUAUUAAUCAUUUGUUUCAAAUAUAUUGA